CGCCCCGUCCAUCGACGAUUAUGCGUUCUUGGAACGCCCCUCGAGCAGCGGCGGAGGUACGCGGAGUCUCUUUGUCGGAAACGUACGUGGUUGCAGAGUCUAGUUCCUUUCCUUCUUCUGACCCCUCGCAGCUUCCCUUCCACUGCCAAUGGCAAGACCUGAAAGACCUCUUUCGCCAAGCCGGCACUAUUCUGCGAGCCGACGUCGCUCUCGGACCUGACGGCCGAUCGAGAGGCUUCGGGACGGUCAGCUUUGCUACAGAGGCAGAUGCUGAGCGCGCCGUGAACAUGUUCAACGGAUACGAAUACAACGGGCGGCAAUUAAAGGUCCACUACGACCGAUACUCGCAAUCGGCUGCAUCAGCGCAACCGCUUGUUCCGACGUCGCCUCUGCCUUUCUUGCACCAACCAUCGUCCUCCCUCCCUCAUUCUCCCCUCCCUCACUCGCAAGUGCACUCCCCCUUGUCGCUCCCGCACUCCCCGCACCCUCCAUCCCUUUCGCAACAUCCCUCGUUCCAGCACCUGGCCAGCGGACACUUCCCGUCCCCACUCCAUCGGCAGAUAUCCGAGCAGGAGCUAGGCGCAGCGCUGGACUUGCGCUCGGG